AUGCCUGGGUCUCCGAGGCCUAUCAGCACGCUUGUUGCUGACUCACGACAAGUAUGGAGUCGAUGGACUUAGAGAGUGCAACUUGUGCUUCGCCUACUGUAUUGUGUUGUGAGUGUGGGACACCGAUCUCCCCUAACCCAGCAGCAAUGUGCGUAGCUUGUCUGCGCAGCCGGGUUAGCGUUACUGAGGGUCUAAUGAAGCAGGGUGCUCUCUACUUCUGUAAGGGAUGUGAGAGGUAUCUCCAACCUCCAUCUAAUUGGGUCGCUUGUAAACUGGAAUCGAGAGAACUUCUUGCAUUGUGUUUGAAGCGAAUUAAAGGUCUUGACAAGAUUCACCUUGUUGAUGCCAGCUUUGUGUGGACAGAACCUCACUCAAAACGAAUAAAAGUGAAAUUGACUGUACAAAAGGAGGUGCUUGGUUCUACUAUCUUAGAACAAGUACUUGUUGUCGAGUUCGUUGUUCACAAUCAAAUGUGUGACAACUGUCACAGACGAGAAGCAUCCGACUUUUGGAGAGCUGUAGUGCAAAUCCGUCAGAAGACAACUGAAAAGAAGACACUGUUUUACUUGGAACAGCUUAUUCUGAAGCAUAAUGCACAUGCCAACACGAUAAGAAUAAAAGAACAACAUGGUGGUCUUGACUUUUAUUAUGGCAGUAAGCAAGAUGCAAGGAGGCUGGUUGACUUUUUGCUGAGCGUUUUGCCGUGUCGAUAUAAGACAUCGCAGCAGCUUAUAUCACAUGACAUCCGAAGCAAUGUCUACAACUACAAACACACAUUUUCAGUGGAAAUUGUCCCUUUGGCAAAGGACUGUAUUGUAUGUCUUCCAUCAGCAACAGCUCGAGCAUUCGGGAACAUUGGGCCGGUUUUGGUGUGUGUCAGAGUGACGACUGUCAUCCAGCUUAUUGAUCCUCACACACUUCAGUUGGCUGAGGUAUCCCAGACUGUUUUCUGGCGAAAUCCGUUCAUCAGCCUUUGUAGCUCAAAGAAUCUAGUAGAAUAUAUCGUGUUAGAGGUAGAGCCUGUAAGGCUGCCCACACAUUCAUCUCACAAGUACUUGCUUGCAGACAUCUGUGUCGCAAAGAGUAGCGAAAUAGGUUUACCUGACUGUCAACAUUAUUGUAGAACACAUCUGGGACAUCUUCUCAAACCCGGUGAUACAGUGAUGGGAUUUGAUGUCGCUCAUAGUAAUGUCAAUGACGAAAACCUUUCCAAACUACGUGAAGACCAUGUGCCUGAUUUGGUGUUGGUCAAGAAGAGUUAUGGAGAGAAACGAAAACGCCGCCAGAAGCGAGUGUGGAAAUUGAAACACCUUCCUAAAGAUUCAGAUGACAUGGCUGUUUCCGACAGCAUGGAUCAGGAUUACGAUGAUUUUCUCGCUGAUCUUGAAGAAGAUGAGACACUUAGACAAGCUGUCAACAUCUAUAAAGACGCAACACGACUGAAACAUGUAAGACAUGGAUCCGGUGUAACUGAUGAUGUGGAAGACGAGGCACCUCAGAUCAGUCUGGCUGAAAUGUUGGAUGAUUUGUGUAUCGAUGAUCCUGAUAGUGAAACUACAACUAGUGAAAUGUGAUGAGAGUUAUUUACGGGGAAAGAUCAAGUAGAGUGCAGCUAUGUCGUUGAGAUGUUGUAUGAUGGUGAGCACAGUCAUCACAAGUGUAUGCGGUAAUAUAUUGGUUGUAAUUUCAAAAUAUGGCGAAAUG